UUCUUGUCCUGUGGAGCAGAUUUAAAGAAGAGAGAAAAUGUUCCUGUCCCAGAGAUCUCUGCAGAUGGUUACAUUUUUGGCAAUUCUUUUUUUUGCCUGUUUUGCAACGUGCCAAGACACUGAAACUAAAAGAGCAGUGACAGAGCAUCAGCUCAUGCAUGACAAAGGGAGGGCAUUUCAAGGGCUGAAGCGCCUGAUGUGGCUCCACAAUGCCCUAAGUAGCGUGCACACAGCCAGCAGCAGGGAUAUUUCGCUUUCGAAUGCCAUGUGGGAUUCGCAGAAGAGCCAAGAUCCCUCAGAUCUCUACAACAGCAUCAGCAGAGACGAGACUUCAAGCCUGAUGAAGCAGCUGCUGGAACUGACGGAAAAAGAGCAGGGCUUCCCCCUGUUGAAGCAGCUGGAUUUGCUGCAGUAUAUGAAGACCCCAAAGAGUAACUGGAACCCAGAAGACCUUUUCGACCUCCUUCAAAUCAAAGAGCUGGGGAGCAAGAGAAAUCCUAGCACCCAGCCACAGAACUAUUCCCACUAGUCUCAAUCCAGCUCAGUCCAUCUAUUGCUUUAGACAUGUGAUGUUUUAAGGAAAAUCUCUAGUGCAAUGGUGAACCGCAAAAGAAAAAUAAUGUUCAUUUGUUCCAUUAACUGCUCCUAGAUGUUGAGUAGAGACCCUUGUAAGGACCCAGGUUCUCUCCCUAGCAGGCAGUCCGUGUAUUGCGAUUGACAGAUGGGGUCAUUUGUCACAGGCCAGAAAUAUCUUUUUCCGUGGCAGGUCCCUCCCUGACUGUUACUGGUAUCUUAGGGCUGUGGCAGCUCUUGUAGCCCACAUGUAGCAGGAAGCUUGGUUCAUUAAUCUGCAUAUUCGCAGGCUCACUUGCAGUCUACUGUUUUGACUCCUGAAAAAGCAUAUCUCCUAAUACAGAUUCUCUUCUAUUUCACACCUGCCUGCAUUCCUGCCCUGUUCUGCAGUCCAAACGUUUUUUUUUCCUGCUUCUCCAGCAUACAGAAUGAUUUAAGCCUCUCGCUUCUCAGGUCUUCCUUCAGGGUGGCAAACUUUUGCCAGGCCACAGAGGCAGAAGUUGGUAGUGAUCCCCACCACUGCCAGCCAAAGCCGUAGACAUUCAUCUUGUUCUGCUGGUGGAAGAGAUGAGAAUCAGCUUCUAGGGUCCCUGUUUGAGCCUUUUGUUUCAAGACUUCCUACC